AUGGAAACCUUCCCUUCGGCCGACGUUGUUUGGUGGACUGAUACGGAUGUUUGUAUCAGCUGCCCCUACUGCGAAGAACUCCACCGUCAUGGUUUCGUGGAACGCGAAAACGCGACACUUACAUACGAAAGCGUGACACGUAUACCACACUGUGGUUUUUCACGACCUCCAUAUCGACUUAAUUUUCCUGUUGCGUACGAGAUCGAUAAAGUCAAAGCGCGUUUUGUCAAUACCCGCACUAUUCAAUAUUUAAAUGACGAGUCUGAGGAAGAGAUGUCUUUGCUGGGCGAAUUUUCUAAUAUGAACAUAUCGGACACAUCAAACGGGUCUCAAACGUACGAGAGUUCUUUUGACGAUUCUACAGAGACAAUCACCAUUCAACUCAAUGGUGAAGAAACCUGGGAAGAGCGUCGCAUUAUCUUUGCCAUAUCAGAUUGUGUCAGUGGCCACAUAUCCGAAGUGAAGAAAUACCUAGACGAAGCAUCUGAUAAAUUGAUCUUUCUUCGCGGGCACAAUCGCAACGGAGAUACGUGUCUGACCAUGGCUUCACAAGAGAAGAACUCAUCCAUGGUUUCUCUUCUUCUCGAUCAUGGCGCUGAAAUUAACGCCACGAAUAAAGACGAAAGAACUGCGCUCAUGGAGGCAGCCCUUUGGGGUAGAUUGGAGACAGUAAAGAUACUCCUCUCUCGAGGUGCUAAUCGAUACUUGCAUGACGUCAAGAAUCAGAGAGCCCUUGACCUUGCCCAGCCAACCCGACGAAACCAGAAAGAGAGACAUAUCAAAGCAGGUGGAAUGUGGGGUGAUCCAUCCACUGAACCCGUUUACAAGGAAGAUGUUAUUAGUCGAGAUACUGACCGGCGGGAGAUUGCACGGAUACUUGGGGGAAACUCACAAAUGAGAACUGACCUCCAACCACAUUUGCUGGAAAGGACAUAUCAUUCCUUCAGUAGAUCUCCUGAUGGCCACUCAAUCAUUCAUUGUGGUCCAAUUAGAGAGUAUCCCAUAUCGACUCGCAGAAAAACAAUAGCCGUACUAGAAAGGGGCAGCCCUUUUCCAACUAUAGCGGCAAUGAGCGGAUGGAGUCAUUCGGAGUGGCCUUCAACAAGAGUGAGCGGCAGGGACUGGACGGGAAGAGUGUUGGAACUAGCAGCGAUUGUUGGCCAUAACUUGUCUGCUGAUUCUAUCAACGACCAAGGAAUACCAGGAAAGUUUCAAUCAUCCCACGCCGAGAAACAGUUGAUCGCUUAUUUCCUUGACCGGCAUGUUUUUCUACCAGAAGAUACAACUCUGGAUCCGCGCUUUGAUACGGAAAUAGCGCGUCUAGAAUCUGAAAUUGUAGAUAUGGUGGCAAUGCAGCCCGACCCCAACCGUCUCUUUCGCCUUGAACAAGAAAAAAGGGAAUUGGAAAACGAGCUUUUUGAUAAAGAUGAUCGACUACUUGGAGAGGAGUACGAUGCGGAAUUGGUUGAACGGCUAAAGGAAAAAAUUAAAAGCCUGAAUAAAAAAUGUGCUCCCCUCGAAAACAGGUCUGGUGUGAAGGCGAUUAGGGCUCGAGAACAUCAGAUACGACUAUGUGAACAUGAUAAAACUGUCCAGAGCCGCCUCAACCGCAUAUCAAAAAUGACACGAAAACACAAGUUGAGUCGGGCAGCCAUUUUCAUAAGCGCACCCAAUCAUAAAAUCUGUCCGGACUGCUUGCUAUUUCAAGGCAGGGUCAAUCAUUUCUUCGGUCUUUCGAUCGAACUUCAUGAGUGUACUCAAUGA